GGCUGCCUGAGCUGCCAGCUCCCCUCUUGCACACUUCCUUGUUGUAAAUUCCCUGUCCUGACUCAAAGUUUCUUGUGUGUAAUGUAAGAAGUGGAGGACUGCUGCACGGUACAUGACGGAUUCCUGUUUUCCUAUUGAAGACGCUAGAGCAAAAUGUCAUCUCCAAAUUUAUAUAUUGCUCUUUGUAACUUCUCAUCAGUUCUCCAAAAUCCAGAUGGUAAACAUGACAGAGUGGAGAGGGGAAGUUUGCUGACACUGACUGCGGCCCCACCUUCAAAUCUCUCUAGGAUAGAUAACGGUCUAUUCCAUUCCCCCAUUCUCUGGCUCCGAGUUUAUGAAACUGAGAAGGUGGUUGCUGUAGAUCCAUUGUCUGUAGAAGAAAUUACACCCUUGGUAUGGAGAACAUUAUUAGCAGUCACCGAUACAGAGGAACGUUAUGCCUUUUAUAGCGACCAUAAAAGACUGCGGGAAGUAAUGCACUUAAAACCCGGGGAUCGUGUCUUUGUGCAAGUCAGGUCAUCUAGCGGACGCAGAGAGAGAGGUGUGCUUUGUUACAAGGGAUCUGUCAAUAAUGAACAAGAGAUCUUUUUUGGAGUGCAGCUUACGGGAUCUGCAGUGGGGAAAGGCUUUACAGAUGGAUCAUUUCGUGGUCAGAGAUUCUUUCGUUGUGAUGAGAAUUGUGGGGUUUUCGUAUCAGGAAGCAGGUUGGAGAAGGAUUGGACUGAACACCAUGUAAGAAAAUCAGGAAAAAUAGAUCAUAAGAUUCCUGAAGGACAUGAAGAGUCAGUGUUGAGAACCAGAAAUCAUGAGCCACGUGCUAAACCACUGAUAUUUUUGCCACGUGGACUGAGGCAGGAAAGUCCACAAAGAACUGUUGAGAAAGAUCAAGAAAAUGAUGUAACACAGUCAGGAGAAGAAAGGAGUGUGAAGCGUUGUGCUACAGAGGAACAUACUAUACAAGCUGAGGAUGACCCACAACCCUUGACCAAGCCUCUUAAAGGAGAUGAGGCACAAAACUUAAUUCAAGCUUCAGAAGAUCAUCCACCUGCUAGCCUCUACUGUCCGCCCAGAAAUUUCAGCCCCUCCAGUCCAUCUGCUGAAGGCGAGGCUCUAAGUAAAGGUCUUGAACUGAAUUCUAUGGUUGAAGUAAAUGAUCCUCCCAUAUAUGGAGUCAUACGGUGGAUUGGGCAUAUCCCAGACUGUGUAGAAUCUAUUGCCGGACUUGAAAUGGAGGAGGAACGUCCAUCUGCCUACACAGAUGGGACAUACAGAGGGGUCCGCUACUUUCAGUCUGGACCCAAUAAGGCUUUGUUUGUGAAACUACGAAACUGUCGUCCAGAUUCCCGUUUCUAUUCUUUACAUGGAUCAAUGAAUCAGAUUCAAAGGUGUAACUCUAUUGCUUUCCGGGAAUACGCCAGUAAAUGUGUAGAAGAAAACACUCCACCGGCCAUGGACAAUGAAGCAUUAGAAUGUCUGACAGGAUGGAAGAAAGGAAUACAAGGGCACUGUAAUUCCUGCUAUUUGGAUGCAACACUUUUUUGCAUGUUUGCUUGUUCUUCUGCGCUGGACACCAUACUUCUGCGCCCUCCAGACAAGAAUGACAGCGAUUCCUACAUUGACACGCGGGACCUGCUGCGCACUGAGAUAGUCAACCCUUUGCGCAAAAAUGGCUAUGUUUGUGCCACAAAAGUGAUGGCCUUGAGGAAGAUUUUGGAAGCUGCAGGAAAGAGCACUGGCUUCACUAAUGAGGAAAAAGAUCCUGAAGAAUUUCUAAACCGCUUAUUCCAAGUCCUUAGGGUAGAACCCCUCUUUCAUAUUAGAACACCACAAAAGAAGCCUCAAGGUUGUAUGUUCUAUCAAAUUUUCAUGGAGAGGAAGCAGUCAGUGGAUGUACCCUCUGUGCAGCAGUUGCUGGAAUGGUCCAUGGUUACUGGUGAUCUCAAGUUUACAGAAGUUCCCUCUUGCCUGAUUAUUCAAAUGCCAAGAAAUGGAAAAAACUUCAAGAUGUUUAACACCAUUAUUCCAACCCAACAACUGGAUAUAACUGACCUUCUAGAAGACACCCCUAGACAGUGUUCAAUCUGUCAGUCUCUAGCAGUAGUGGAAUGUCUUUACUGUUAUGAGGAUCUAGGGAUCACGCCAGGACGCAUAAAACAGUAUUGUGCCACAUGCAACAAGCAGGUUCACCUUCACAGGGAGAGAUGUCGCCACAAGCCAAGAGAUCUUGGUGUGCCUGAAAAUCUGAAUGGCCAAGUCGUGCUACAGAGGCAGAGUUUACAGCUCUAUGCUGUUUUAUGUAUAGAAACAAGUCAUUAUGUGGCUUUCAUUAGAAUGAACUCUCACAAUCGUCCACUGUGGGCCUUCUUUGAUAGCAUGGCUGAUCGGGAAGGAGGACAGAAUGGAUUCAAUAUCCCUCGUGUAACACCUUGCCCAGAAGUGACUGACUAUUUGGAAAUGACAGCUGAAGAACUACAGCAGGAAGACCCAAAAUGCAUGCCCACUUAUGCCCGACGACUACUUUGUGAUGCUUAUAUGUGUCUCUAUUACAGCCCUGAACUAAGUUUGUACAAAUGAAAGUUACAUAGCGAUUUGAGUCAGUAUAUAAUUCUCCUAGGUAAAUCCAUGUGUGGAGGACAAUAAAUCCAAAUGGUUGUUGCAUACUGCAAACAGUAUGUGGAUUUAAAUAAAGAAUGUUUUUUUUUGUUUUAUCUUUGAGCACUGAACCCAAAAAAAACAGUUAUCUGAUGAUUUGUGGAAGAGAUUAGAGAAGAAUUCCUGGCAUAUUUUUACUGACUACAACAUAGAAGUCACUCCAUUAGGAAACGUAUCCUACUGACAAUUAUAUAAUAGAGCUUUACAAGUGACUCCUGCUAAAAUUUUUGGGCUGGCUCCCAUUUUUUACUGCCCUUGAUGUAUUGAUGACA